AUGCUGCCUGUUUUUAACAGAAGUCAUAUGAUAAAGAACCUCUUUGAAAGCAAUGAAGAAAAUAACGGUGGAAAAACCUUCAGCCUGAUUCUUAAUCUUCCUGUGUUCAAAAGAACUCCUACUGUUCUAAAUUCUUCUGAAUGCCAUAAGAGUGGAAAAUCCUUCGUUGAUCAUUCAUCACUUAAACAUCAUAUCAGCUGUCAGUGUGUUUGCAAUAGUUACCAAUGUCAGAAACGUAGAGAAGCCUGCAUUUGUCCCUCGGACCUUAACACUCUUUUAGGAACUCUUCCUGUAGAGAAACACUAUGAAUUUAAUGAAAAUGAGGAAGAUUUAUGUUGUUUCUCAUCUUUGUGGACACAUGUGAGAGGUUGUAAGUGUGAAUGUAAAGCACAUUGGAAAAGCUAUCCCUCAUCAUCCCUUUUACAUAAAAAAUUUCAUGCUGGAAAUAAGCCUUAUGAUUGUAAAGAAUGUGGGAAAGCCUUCAGUCAUUCCUCAUCCCUCACUAGACAUAUAAGAACUCACAGUGGAGAGAGACCUUAUAAAUGUAAGGAAUGUGAACAAGCUUUUAAAGACCCCACAUCCCUCACUAACCAUACAAGAGUUCACACUGGAGAGAAGCCUUAUGAAUGUAAAGAAUGCGGGAAAGCCUUUACUCAAUCCUCAUCUCUCACUUCACAUACGAGAAUUCACACUGGAGAGAAGCCUUACGAAUGUAAAGAAUGUGGGAAAGCCUUUAGUUGUUCCUCAACCCUCACUAAACAUAAAAGAACUCACAGUGUAGAGAAGCCUUAUGAAUGCAUGGAAUGUAACAAAGCCUUUAGUCGUUCCUCAACCCUUACUGAACACAUAAGAAUUCACAGUGGAGAGAGGCCUUAUGAAUGUAAGGAAUGUGGGAAAGCUUUUUCUCAGUCCUCCAACCUCACUUGCCAUUUAAGAAGGCACACUGGGGAGAGACCUUAUGAAUGCAAGGAGUGUGGGAAAACCUUUAGUUCGUCCUCAUCCCUCUCCAGUCAUGUAAGAAUUCACACUGGAGAGAGGCCUUAUGAAUGUAAGGUAUGUGGGAAAGCCUUUAUUGAGUCCUCAGCCCUCACUGCACAUAUAAGAAUUCACACUGGAGAGAAGCCUUAUGAAUGUAAGGAAUGCAAAAAAGCCUUUAGGCAAUCCUCAUCCCUUACUAUUCAUAUAAAAACUCACAGUGGAGAGAGAGCUUAUGAACAUAAAGAAUAUGGGAAAGGCUUUAGUCAUUCCUCAGUUCUCAUUGAACCUCAGUAA